AUGUCAGGAUCACAGCGUGCCACGAGAACCUCAAUGCGCCCACCACCGAGACCGCACGGGACACAAUAUCCUUCGAUAACCGGUCGAGCUCCUUCCCCCGCAGAAUCGCUAUCCUCGAGCAGUGCCUCUAACGCGGGCACCAAGAGAAAAGAGAGGGAUUUUGACCAAGACCAUGGCGAGGAGACGAACAUUCAUGUCGUCGUACGAUGUCGGGGUCGAAGCGCCAGAGAAGUUCGAGAGAACAGUGGAGUGGUGGUGUCAACAAGCGGAGUCAGAGGGAAAACAGUUGAACUGUCGAUGGGUCCCAAUGCAAUCAGCAACAAGACUUACUACUUCGACAAGGUGUUCUCUCCGGCGGCAGACCAGGCCAUCAUCUUCGACGACGUCGUGGCGCCCGUCUUGAACGAAAUGCUGACAGGCUACAAUUGCACAAUAUUCGCCUAUGGCCAAACAGGGACGGGCAAAACAUACACUAUGUCGGGCGACAUGACCGACACUCUUGGGCUGUUAUCUGAUGCAGCCGGCAUCAUCCCUCGGGUGCUGUACUCGCUGUUCCAGAAGUUGGAAGCGGAUGAGGUGGAGUAUUCGGUGAAAUGCUCAUUCAUCGAACUAUACAACGAGGAAUUGAGGGAUCUGCUGUCGCCCGACGAUUCCGUCAAGCUGAAGAUCUUCGAUGAUGCGAGCAGGAAGAGCCAUUCGGCCACGGUAGUUCAAGGCAUGGAGGAGUCGCACAUUAAGGAUGCAGCGGCGGGCAUUAAACUCUUGCGUGAAGGCAGCCACCGGCGUCAAGUCGCAGCCACCAAAUGCAACGACCUCAGCUCUCGAAGCCAUACGGUCUUCACCAUCACCACAUAUGUCAAGAAACCUAACAAAACGGGCGAAGACUAUAUCUGCUCUGGAAAACUAAACCUCGUUGAUUUGGCGGGAAGUGAGAACAUCCAAAGGAGUGGCGCGGAGAACAAGAGAGCCGCAGAAGCCGGUCUCAUCAACAAGAGCUUAUUGACGCUAGGAAGAGUGAUCAAUGCUCUGGUGGACAAAAGCUCACACAUCCCAUACCGAGAAUCGAAAUUGACCAGGCUGCUUCAAGACUCACUGGGUGGAAGAACAAAGACGUGCAUCAUUGCCACAGUUUCACCGGCAAAAAGCAAUCUCGAGGAGACCAUUUCGACCUUGGACUAUGCUUUCCGUGCAAAGAACAUUCGGAACAAACCACAGGUCAAUUCAAUGAUAUCCAAGAAAACUUUGCUGAAAGAGUUCACCGCGGAGAUUGAAAAACUCAAGAGCGAGUUGAUUGCCACCAGACAACGCAACGGCGUCUAUCUUACGAAUGAGCAAUAUGAGGAGAUUACGGUCGAGAGUGAAUCCAGGAGGAUACUGAGCGAGGAACAGAAGGCCCGGAUCGAAACGAUGGAAGUCAGUCUACGCAUCAAAGUCCAGGAGCUCUUCAGCUUGACCAACAACUUUACGACGCUGAAGCGAGACAACGAAGGAACUCGGGCCACCUUGGAGAGCACAAAAGACGUGCUUGAAAAGACUGAGGCUGUUCUUGUGGACACAGAAAGAUUGCUCGCGGAGGAGACUGCUCUGCGCGAAGCACAUGAGAUAACGGAAGAGAAAUUAUUCGGUAUUGGGACCGAGCUAGUCUCGACCGUUGGUCACUCUCUCAAGGACAUCGACGGUCUGCAGGCCAAGCUCAGGCGGCACUCUGUCCUCCAUACACAGAACCGCGAGUCGUGGAAUUCUUCUUUCGGCCGGGUAAUGGACAUCUGUGAACUGGUUGACGAGCGCAUCGGAAGCUUCCAAGCAGCACACUCUGAGGCCGCCGCUGCAAGCUCUCGUCGGAUCGAGUUAUUGAUAACGACCGAGAUGGCUCGCAUGGAGACUUUUGGCCGACUAUCUCAAGAGAAGUCCUCCGAACUGGCCAAGGACUGUGCUGCGGUGGAAAAUCAGUCCGUGCAGGCUCGAGAUUCCAUGAACAAUGUCCUCGAGGAGAUCAAAGAUCUCCGUGAGGAUGUCAAGGACAACCUCAGCGAAGGCCUUCACGGGCUCUCCCAGGCAGCUGCAAAAAUAUCUGCGGAAGUGAUCUCGGAGCUGGAGCAGUUUCACACCCAGUUGCAUUCGUCCUACAGCGGGCUGGGGAAAGACUUUAAGGCGAUGUUCGACGACCUCACCAAGCAACUGACGGCGCAGCGAGAGGAAAUUGAAGCCUUGUCGUCAGCUCUCCAAGGGGCGAAUCGCUCCAACAUUGAGGCAUCACUCUCAGCUUCUACCCAACUCGAAGCCAUUAGGGACGAGGAGAGAAAGGCUGCAGAAGAGGAGAAAGAGAAGCUCAAGGAGCAGAUCUUGAAGCUGAUUGACUCGUCACAUCAACAACAGGAACAGAGACUGUCUAGUCGACUGAAUAAUGUUCAGUCACACCUCGUUGAAGCGACCGAGCAAUUCGAAAGUGCUGAUAAGACUUAUCGCGAUGGUAUGGACAGGUGGACAGCUCAAGGCAACGAGCUGAUGGCGUCGGUGGUGACUUCAAAGGACGAAUUGAAGACUAAAAUGAAGAGUGAUUGGACGGCGGUCAGUGCACGAAACCAAGCCAUUCAAAAAUCCACCAAAGCCGUCCACGAGGAAACGGUCAAGAUCGUCGACGCUCGGCUGACGCAAAUGUCAACCCAAAUGGGGGCUCUGGACGAAUUUGUGACGCGAGCUCGAACACAGAACGACAGCCACCAUGCUGAACGCUUACAGUUCUUGAGCCACGCCGUAUCUCGUGCUCAGGACGGGUUUAGCAGUCUGAAGAAGGAAUCCGAGCUGUGCCGUGAAGGAUUUGGAGCCUUUGCGGGAGAACAGGAGACACACCGAGCAGAUGUUAACAGGCUCAUGGGAUCCUUGGAGGAAGGCACCAGGCAUCCUCUCCAGGAUAUGAGGGCAGAACUCUCAGAAGCAACUUUGACGGAUUACAUCCCAACUGGAGAGACGCCACAGAAGAGGGAGUGGAAUUAUCCGACGCAUCUGCCUCGAACCGAACGCCACGAAUCUAUCAUUGCCAGGCUGAGAGGUCUACCUGAUCCUGCUCUCGUCGCGAAGACGCCUUCAUCAGUGAGGACACCGGCCCGUUCGCCUAGGAAGCAAGCAUCACCACGUAAGGGGCCAGCCUCGCCUUCGAAGCUACCGAGUCCGACCAAGGCCAAGAUCUUCACCGACAUUGAGAAUUCUACGAUACCGGCCUUGCAAAUACAAAGCACUGCACCGAAUGGGAUACCCCUCAGUGAGCCGAAACCUGGGCUGAAAGAAGUCGACAUCAAUGUUCUUAACAGCAACAGACCGGUAGUGUCAUCAACAACAUCCAUGACGUCGUCCAGCAUUGACGAGAAACCUGUGCUGCUGGAUUUCAGCAAGAGUAUCGGCAGUGGAAGUCAACAGCCGCCCCUCAAAAGGCACGCGACGACUAAUGCAAUCGUCGAGAGCAGACUCCCUACCGCAAAGUCGGGCAAGGUGACGAGAAGUACCAUGGCUGGCUUAGCGGGUAUGGGUAUCGGCGGCGUGGAGAAUUUCAGCCAGAGCGUUGGGCCAUUGGGUGGAGGCAGGAGGCUGAGAAGCAGUCCGCCUGGCUAG